AUGGCGGGCGAAGACAACCCACCCAACGCAACACUCUACGUCAACAAUCUGAAUGAGAGCUUCAAACAGCCCUUUGUCGUUGAGCAGCUGCGCGAGAUCUUUGGCGAAUUCGGCGAAAUCAUCGAGAUCGUCGCGAAGAAGAACUACUGGGCUCGUGGACAGGCCUUCAUUGUGUUCAGCUCGGCAGAAGAGGCGGCAGAUGCUCUGGAGGCGCUGAAUGAGUUCGAGGUGCUUGGAAAGCCGCUGCAUGUCGCCUAUGCGAAGACUCGGAGUGAUGCGACGGUGAAGAGGGAGGAUGAUGAGGCGGGAUUCGAACAACACAAGAAGCAUCGCAUGGCGGAGAAGGAGCGCAAGCAGGAGCAACGCCUCGCUCAAGCCAAUGCGAAGUCCGGCAAGCGUGCUGCGCCCGAUGCAAUCACAGAGCGCCCCGUCAAGGCCUCGAAGCCGGGUGGUACUACCGCAGGCGCCAUGGCCGACGAGUACCUCCCACCAAACAAGGUCCUGCUACUUCGCGAUCUGCCAGAGGAUUACGGCAAGGAGCAAAUCCAAGCCAUCUUCCAGCGCUACCCUGGCUUCAAGGAAGUGCGAACGGUCCCUGGCCGCAAGGGUAUUGCGUUUGCCGAGUACGAAGAUGAGACUGGUGCUAUUGCUGCUAAGGAGGCCAUGAACGGCGUCACGCUGGGAGAGAAUACCAUCCGCGUUACGUACCAGAAGCAGUAG